AUGGAGACCAUCAAGAACGCCGCCAACUACGUUUCCGAGUCUGUCCAGCAGGCCGGUGCCACCGCCUCCAAGGAGACCAACAAGCAGGUCGCCAAGGACAGCGACGCUUCCCUCACCAGCCGUGCCUCCGCUGCCAAGGACGCCGUCAGCGACAAGAUGGACGAGUCUUCCCACGACGCCAAGGCCGAGGUCCACAAGCAGCAGGCCAAGAACUAA